AUGGAAGUUAGGGAUUUGGUCUGCUACGACAGCGACGUGAAGGACACUGUUGUUGGAGUGAAGGAGUUUCAGGUGGCUGCUGCAUUGUUGGAUGGACAGCAGGAACUUCUUGGCCAACAGGUGCAUUCUCAGUGGGGACCUGUGCAUUUGUUUGAGCUUUGUUUAACUUUUGGCCUUUUUGACACUGCAUGGGCAAUGGCCGAGAAGGGUGUGAGAGGCUGUAGGCUAGAGGCAUAUCACCUCAAACGGAACGUGGCCUCGACAGUGGAGAGAUGGACAUCAUGGUCACUUGACUGCCAAUGCAAGGCUUGGCAGGUGUGUGAUCUUUGCUGCUUUGGCUUUCCUGUGAAUGAAGGAGUUUGGAUGAAAGACUGGGAUGCAUCUCUCAUGGAUGCUGCAGACGCAGCGCGCGAGUCAGCCAAGAAACCCUUGCUUCGGGCCACACUGGAUGCUUUUCGCUCCGGUGAUGGUGCACCGUCCUUUGCUCCAUUUGCCAUCUCUGAGGAUGCCUUGGUGCACCUCCUCGAUAUUGCAAUCCUCACAGGGGACCAAACGGUGGCCAUGCGCUGUGCAGAGCAGUCAAAGCUUCGGCCUCUACGCCGCUGGAGGUCACACGAUGUCUUCGAAUUCUCCACGCGAAGGUGGCUCCCUCUCACCGAUGAGGUGAGCUUCUACGGCUGGAGCUACGAGCUCCGUGCGCCACACAUCCUCACGGCGGCCCUGGCAGUGGGUGGCACCUUCGACGGUCUAUGGCUCUCCGUGGGCGAAGCCAUGCCUUUCCGGGAGGCUUUGACACUCUGCGGUGCACUGCCCGGUCGGCCUCACAGAACCAGUUGGGCGCCAGAAGGGCGGAACAACCUAGGAAGUCUCUUCUUGACCCCACUCGGCGCCAAGCGCAUAGAGCACGCGCAAGCUGCCAAUAUUCCUUUGGAUCACUUCGGUGUGCGCUGCUUGAUUGAAGAUCCACUUUGUGGGCGAUCAUCUCCUUGCUUGUCUUUCAUUGACCUCGCCAUUUUGCUGGGGCGCCCCGACCUAGCUGAGCUGGCGACCAGCCAAGCGCCGAUGCUCUCGCAGGAGGGAUGCCGGGCAAUUGAGCGCUGGGCGCGCCCGAGCCCAGAGAGGUGGGCGUUGGUGGCAAUCCGGGCCCUGACACUGUCUUGGAGACGGGAAGUAACGAAGGCAGUUGCUGUUUACCAGGCCAUGAAGCAGUAUGGAGGGUUUUGUCCAGUCUUUCUGGUGGAUGAAGUGGUCGUCUUCAGCAUGAGCACAGACAUCAUGGAUCAGCUGAAUCUGUGGGAAGCGGUGAAGAUGACUGGCUGGGCGCACUUGGGCAGAAGGGCGAAUCUUCUAAGUCAUUCAGCUAAGUGA